UGAGGAUUGGUUUAGGGAACAAUGGACUCGGCCAUCGCGAAGCAGCUCGUUGACAAGAUCUACGAGAAGCGCAAGGCCGCCGCGCUCGAACUCGAAAAGCAGAUCCGAGACUGCCAGCAGCAACGAGAUGAGCGGCGCAUAUCUCAGAUAAUCGACCAGCUGGUCGACAUGUUCAGCAAUUCGUCAAACGCGCUGCACGUCCGCAAUGGCGGUCUCAUCGGCUUGGCGGGCACGGCUAUCGCGCUAGGCGUCGAGGUCGCGCCUUACAUGGACAAGUUCAUCCACCAGCUGCUCGCCUGCUUCGUCGAUCCCGAGAACAGGAUACGAUACUUCUCCGCGGAGUGCCUGUACAAUAUCGCCAAGGUGUCGAAGGGGGAGGUGCUCGUAUAUUUCAACGAGAUCUUCGACGCGCUCAGCAAGCUCGCUGCAGACUCCGAACUUUCGGUCAGGAAUGGCGCGGAGCUGCUAGAUCGCCUGCUGAAGGAUAUUGUGGCCGAGUCCGCCUCCGUCUACAUCCCCCUCUACCCUGAAACUGAGAAGAUCCGCGACGAGCACGAGGAGGCCCGUGGUGUUCUCGUCGACUACCCUGACGGCAAGGAGGGCCACCGCGGCAUGCCCGGCACCAAGAAGGCGUUCUCCCUCGCGCACUUCAUUCCCCUCCUCCGCGAACGGAUAUACGUCGUUAGCCCGUUCACCAGGACAUACUUGGUGUCAUGGAUCACGGUCCUUGACUCUGUCCCUGAACUAGAGCUGAUCACGUACCUGCCUGAAUUUCUGGAUGGUCUACUGCGAUAUUUGUCUGACCCAACAGAAGACGUUAGAGUCACGACCGAGAUCCUGCUCGCCGACUUCCUACGCGAAAUCCAGGACGUUAGCAACGUUCGCCACCGUACUGAGGAGCAGGCAAGAAGACAAAGUACCGACCCGGCAGAGUCUCUCCGUCAAUAUGACGGCGCAGAGAAUGGGCCGGACUCGCCGGUUGAGAAUCGUGCGGUCACUCCCUCGCAACAAGACCGAGGCGCGUUCCUGCCCGACAGCGACGAUCAGUCAACGCCCCGCGAUACCGACUCGCCUGCACAGUUGGACGAUGAACGAGAUAACGGAGCUUGGGUUCCCGGUCAAGGCGUUCGCAUUGACUAUUCCGCCAUUGUCGACAUUCUGUUGAGCCAGCUUGAUGGAGAGCAUGAUGAGAUUCAACAGUCAACAGCCCUUCGAUGGCUUGCUGAAUUCAUGACCUUCGCCCCCGAGGUCAUGGUCCCCUUUACCCCUCGUCUCGUUCCGGCCGUCCUCCCCAAUCUUGCUCAUCACGCACCGGGCAUACAGACCCAGGCCAUACGUCUCAACAAGCUCCUUAUGAAUGCUAUUCUGAACCUUCCCUCACCUUCAUCGCCAUCUGUGCCGCGAUUCCAAGGUCGCACUCCGGCAUCACCUUCACCCACAGCUACAACGUCGAGGCAACCCACAACCGCUACCCGGGAUAGCAGCUCACGGGACAUAUCGUCUCCUGAACCGCCUACCGACCCUCCACAGCCUCCCACUCCCGCCGCCGCCAACGCUCCCCUUCCGCGGUCUCGUGGCAGCGGGGCGGACAUCUCGAUGACCAACAUGGUCGGCGCAGUCGCUUCUCGCCCGUUCCCCACGAGCGACGGCGCCAACGCGGCUCCAGCCUCCACGCCCAGCAGACCACACUCGCCGGUGUCCUUAAAGAGCCAGCAUACGCAGGCGCAGGCGCAAAGCGUGGUUAUGGCGGAGGAGCCGGACUACUUCGACUACCAGGGCACGGUGACGGAGCUGACGGUCCAAUUCCUGAGCGAGUUUGAGGAGACGAGGGUCGCUGCGCUCAAGUGGUUAAUCAUGCUGCAUCAGAAGGCGCCAAAGAAGAUUCUGGCUAUGGAUGAUGGAACGUUCCCUGCGCUGUUAAAGACGCUUUCGGAUAGCUCAGAUGAGGUCAUCAAGCACGACCUGCAGCUACUGGCGCAAAUUUCGUCGUCCUCGGAGGAAACCUAUUUCAAGGCCUUUAUGAUGAACCUCCUCGAGCUAUUCAGCACCGACAGGAAAUUGUUGGAAACCCGGGGUAGCCUCAUCAUCCGCCAACUUUGCCUGAACCUAAACCCUGACCGGAUAUACCGGACAUUUGCGGAGAUCCUCGAGAAGGAAGAUGAUUUGGAGUUCGCGAGCGUGAUUGUGCAAAACUUGAACAUGAUACUCAUCACCUCGCCUGAGCUCACGGACUUCCGCAAGCGGCUAAAGAGCCUGGAGACAAGGCAGGACGGGCAAGCGCUGUUCACCACGCUCUAUCGGUCAUGGUGCCACAACGCCGUAUCGGUGUUCUCCUUAUGUCUUCUUGCGCAGGCGUACGAGCACGCCUCGAAUCUUCUGUACAUCUUCGCGGACCUGGAGAUCACCGUCCCGAUGCUGGUGCAGAUCGACAAGCUGGUUCAGCUCAUCGAGUCGCCCGUGUUCACCUAUAUCCGACUGCAGCUACUAGAACCCGAGCGCUAUCCCCAUCUGUUCAAGUGCCUCUACGGACUGCUUAUGCUGCUGCCGCAGAGCACUGCGUUCGUCUCCCUGCGCAAUCGCUUGAACGCGGUAAAUUCCGCGGGCUUCUUGCACAUUGCGCCUAAAUCCUCCAUAAGUAUACCUGCGCGCUCGAAGGUCAACCGCGACCGGGAGGAAAUCCGAUGGCAGGAGCUCCUCCAGCACUUCCGCACUGUCCAGGGAAAGCACGAAAAGGCGCGCAGGCUAGCCCUCGGCUCGGAUGGAUCGCCCUUCACCAGCUUCCUGGAGGCCGAGCGGUACGGGGAUCCCUCGGCUACCAGCGGCGGGCCCUCAAGACCAUCUACGGUGACCAGGCCGCCGAUGCGGCGGAAGGUGACAGGCUCGCCGGAGACGGCAACUGUGAACCCCCAGGCGAGCCCGCCGGCGCAGCAAAGGGGCGGUGGGGCGCUGUCUCCAUUGAACCCGAGGGCGAGGGGGCAGACGGGCCUGCUGUCGAGUGUGAUGUCGUCGCAGUCGUCGCAGCAGUCGAGCGGGUCAGGGGGACAGGCUGCGAAGCCGAAGAGGGUGCCUUUGAAUUUGGGGAGGAAGUAGUAUUGUGGUGUGGGGAGGCUUGCAUUUUUUUGCAUGGAUUCUUUGUACAUAGUUAUUACCCGCGCGCGCACUUUGUACUGUUUAUGAUGUGGCUCCCUUGUCACGGCCAUGAUGCAUACGGCUGAACAUUACGAGUAGUACUGAGGAUAUGAUUACGCCAAGAUGCCAGAAUCAGAGAUUAUUGGGAAGGGUAAGUAGGUGCCGCCGGAUGACCGUGAUAUCGUCAUCUGUUAGGUCCAGGUAUUUCUUGAGGUACGCCUCGACUCCCCCGU